GGGUAUACGUGCCGAUGUUCUUUUCGUUUUGGUAUAAUGGUGGAAUGGUGAUUUGCCCAUGGAUGAGAUUGAAUACCAGCAUUCAAAAUUCUACUGAAAUAGAUCAAGAAGUUGCCAUGGAUGAGCUUGAAUCCCCAAAAUAAAUUUGCGUGGCAGAUCGCGUCGCGAACGACUUCCUCACUUCUCUCCGAUCCCUAGUCGCCGCCCUCGAGGAAGGAGAAGGACGCCAUGGACGGCUUCUUGAUCCGCUUCGCCUUCUCGUUGUUGUUCUCCUUCUCCAUCGCCGCUCGAGCGCUGAAGCGCAAGUCCGUCGACUUCUCUGCGGUUUUCGUCGGAAUCCCCGCCAUGGUGAUCCACAUGUUGGCUGGAUACAGGUUCGCGGCUCUGCUUCUGGUGUUCUUCUCGACCUCGUCCAAGGUUACGAGGUUUGGACAGGAGAAGAAGAGGGGAAUCGAGGCGGACUUCAAGGAGGGAGGGCAGAGGAACUGGAUACAAGUACUGGCAAAUAGCUUAAUAGCCACAGUUUUGGUGGUGAUACUCACUAUAAAAACUCAAGGGCAGGAUAAGUGCUUGGAUACCGAAGACUCAGCUGUAGUAACGGCUCUCUUGGGUGGUAUUGUUGGACAUUACGCUUGUUGUAAUGGAGAUACUUGGUCUUCUGAAUUAGGAAUGCUUAGCAGUGACCAACCUCGGCUAAUCACAACCUUGAAGAAAGUCCGGAAGGGUACAAACGGCGCUGUCACUAUACAUGGACUCGUAGCGGCUAUAGCAGCAGGCUUUGCAAUUGGCAUCACAUUUGCGCUGAUCGGAUUGCUUACAACAGAAUGUUCACUAAAUGUCCUUUGGAGGCAACUGCUAAUUGUGCCCAUUGCUGCUGCUGCUGGUUUGAUUGGAAGCCUGAUUGAUUCUCUAUUGGGUGCGACCCUUCAAUUUAGUGGGUAUUGCACAGUACGCAAGAAGGUGGUGGGUAAACACGGUCCAACGGUGAUUAAGAUCUCUGGAACAAGUAUGCUAGACAACAAUGCUGUAAAUGCUGUCUCAAUACUCUUAACAACACUCGUCACCUCAAUCACAUGCUUAUACAUCUUUUAAACCGAUCUUAAUCUUUUUUUCUCUUUGUUCCUAUCACCAUUCUCCACCUUGCUGUUUUAUUCAAUCUGGUAUAUUCCCAAAAAGUCAUUUGUACAUUGUAUUAUAGGAUGAAUAACUGUGUUAGUUUUCCAAGAUGUUCCCUUAGUGACGCUGUUAAUUUUAUUUUUCAUGACAAAGAAAAGAGAUGCUAUAUCAAUCCAAUACACUGGCAGCUUAGAAGGAUUAUCUUAGAGAAGGUAAGAAACAUGGAUGAGCACACAACAGUAGAAAAUCAUUUCCUAUUUCUGUCGAGAAUGAACAGAGCAUCUUAGUUAAUUCCUUCUUAAGAUUAUGUUUACCUAGGUGAAAGAGUGGAACUGUAUUCAAAUUUUCUGUUGUCUGCUUCGGUGAAGAUAUAAGGAUGAAAGUUUUCUAUUGAAAGGCGAAAAUAGGAUGAAUUUAAAUAAUUUUCAAAUUUUAGUACUUGUUUGAUUGUUUUUUCUUUUAA